CUGCGCCGCCCGGGGACAUGGAGACGGAGCCCCGCCGUGGAGUGAGACCGCGGGCGCCGCCGCGCCUCCGCCGCGCGCCCUUCCCGGCUGGCUUGUGAAGCGGGGCGGGCGCCGCUCGCCGCGUGAAUUCUUCGCGUUAUUCGACUCUCCUCCUCCUCCUCCUCGUCGUCCUGCUGCUGCUGCUGCGUCUCCCUCGCCCUGCGGGGCCCCCUCCCGACAUGAGCGCCUCGCUGCCGCCGCCGCCGCUGCAGCACCUUCGGCGGGCGCUGCUCCUCGCCGGGGCCACCUUGCUGCUCGGCAUUGCGGCUGCUACCCAGAGUGAAGAGACAACCUGUGCUUUCAGGGACCCAUAUCAAAAUGAUCAUGGAAUUAGUGAAAGUCGGAUUUCUCAAGAGAAUGGUACAGUUCUGUGUAUGAAAGGCAGCACCUGCUAUGGUCUCUGGGAGAAAACACGAGAAGGAGACAUACAUCUUGUGAAACAAGGGUGCUGGUCUCACAUAGGGGAUCCCCAUGACUGUCACUCGGGGGAGUGCAUCGUAACCACCCCCCCAUCUUUAGUUCAGAACGGGACGUAUCGAUUCUGCUGCUGCAGCACUGACUUGUGCAAUGUCAACUUCACAGAGAACUUCCCACCGGAUCCCACUGACGCCGUGCCCUUCAAUUCAUCUCAUUCAUUUCACCGAGAUGAAACAAUUGUCAUUGCGCUGGCAUCAGUAUCUGUGCUGGCUGUUUUGGUGGUUGCUCUUUUCUUCGGAUACAGGAUGCUCGCAGGGGACCGUAAACAGGGUCUGCACAGUAUGAACAUGAUGGAAGCAGCAACAUCAGAACCCUCGUUAGACUUAGAUAAUCUGAAGAUGCUGGAGCUGAUUGGUCGAGGGCGAUAUGGAGCAGUUUACAAAGGCUCUUUAGAUGAGCGUGCAGUGGCUGUAAAAGUAUUUUCUUUCACAAAUCGCCAGAACUUUAUCAACGAGAGGAACAUCUACAGAAUCCCACUGAUGGAACACGACAACAUUGCCCGUUUCAUUGUAGGGGAUGAGAGAUUCGGUACAGAAGGGCGGAUGGAAUAUUUAUUAGUAAUGGAAUAUUAUCCCAAUGGUUCUUUAUGCAGAUAUUUGAGCCUCCACACCAGUGACUGGGUGAGCUCUUGUCGUUUGGCACACUCGAUCACUCGAGGCCUGGCUUACCUUCACACAGAGUUACCUCGAGGAGACCAUUACAAGCCCGCAAUCUCCCAUCGGGAUCUGAACAGCCGCAACGUGCUGGUAAAGAACGACGGGACGUGCGUCAUCAGCGAUUUUGGCCUCUCCAUGAAACUGACGGGAAAUCGGCUGGUGCGCCCCGGUGAGGAGGACAAUGCUGCCAUCAGUGAGGUUGGUACGAUCCGCUAUAUGGCCCCUGAAGUGCUAGAAGGAGCAGUGAACUUGAGAGACUGCGAAUCGGCUCUGAAACAAGUCGAUAUGUACGCACUAGGCUUGAUCUACUGGGAGAUUUUUAUGAGAUGCACUGACCUAUUCCCAGGGGAGUCUGUGCCGGAUUUCCAGACAGCAUUCCAAAUGGAAGUUGGAAACCAUCCCACUUUUGAAGAUAUGCAAGUCCUUGUUUCAAGGGAAAAGCAACGACCAAAAUUCCCAGAGGCCUGGAAAGAGAACAGCCUGGCUGUGAGGUCGCUGAAAGAGACAAUCGAAGACUGUUGGGAUCAAGAUGCAGAAGCGCGGCUGACAGCCCAGUGCGCCGAAGAGAGAAUGGCUGAACUCAUGAUGAUUUGGGAGAGGAAUAAAUCUGUCAGCCCAACCGUGAACCCGACGUCUACAGCUAUGCAGAAUGAGCGAAAUCUGUCACACCACAGACGUGUGCCAAAGAUCAGACCGUAUCAAGAUUACUCUUCCUCGUCGUAUAUCGAGGACUCCGUUCAUCACGCUGACAGCAUAGUGAAGAAUAUUUCUUCUGAGCUUUCAGUGACCACGGCACCGCUGGCACUUGGGGAGAAGAACAGGAACUCCAUCAACUAUGAGAGGCAGCAAGCACAAACCCGUAUUCCGAGCCCAGAGACUAGCGUCACGAGCUUGUCGACCAACACGACCACCACCAACACAACGGGGCUGACUCCAAGCACUGGCAUGACCACCAUAUCCGAGUUGCCUUACUCAGGAGAAACCAACCUCGGUGCUGCAAAUGGCCUGCAGCCACUUGGGCCGACUCCUGUUUGUCUGCAGUUAACGGAGGAAGACUUGGAGACCAACAAGCUGGAUCCAAAGGAAGUGGACAAGAACUUAAAGGAAAGCUCUGAUGAGAAUUUGAUGGAGCAUUCCCUUAAGCAGUUCAGUGGCCCAGAUCCACUCAGCAGCACUAGCUCCAGCUUGCUGUACCCGUUGAUAAAACUGGCAGUAGAAGCCACAGGGCAACAAGACUUUGCACAAGCUGGGAUCGGUCAAGCCUGUCUGAUUCCAGACAUCCGGCCGGCUCAGGUCUACCCUCUUCCCAAGCAGCAGAACCUCCCAAAGAGGCCUACUAGCCUGCCUUUAAACACCAAAAACACUAAGGAGCCUCGGCUGAAAUUCGGAGGGAAGCACAAAUCAAACUUGAAGCAAGUAGAAACUGGAGUUGCCAAGAUGAACACGAUCAAUGCUGCAGAACCCCACGUGGUAACAGUGACCACAAAUGAAGUGGCAGGGAGGAGCCACCCCGUGAACUCUCACGCUGCACCAGCCCAGUACGUCAACGGCACAGUGCCCUCUGGCCAGGCGGCCGCCUCGGUGGCACACAGGGCCCAGGAGAUACUGCAGAACCAGUUCAGUGGGGAGGACGGUCGCUUGAACAUCAACUCGAGCCCGGAUGAACACGAGCCUUUGCUGAGAAGAGAGCAGCAAGUGAGCCAGGACGAGGGCAUUCUGGACCGUCUGGUGGACAGGAGAGAGCGGUCCCUGGAUAACGGCCGACCAAAUGCCAACAACAACAACAACAGUAACCCGUGUCCAGUGCAAGGCGUGACUGUCCGUAGCGACCAGAGCACAGCACCAAAUUCUGGACAGACCCACACGAGAAGAGCACAGAGACCCAACUCCUUGGAUCUCUCAGCCACAAAUGUUUUGGAUGGCUUUAGUAUGCAGUUGAGUGAGUCAUCCCUAGAUGGCAAACCCGGCUCAGGAGAAAAGAUCAAGAAACGUGUGAAAACACCCUAUUCCCUGAAGCGGUGGCGCCCUUCCACGUGGGUCAUCUCCGCUGAACCCCUGGACUGUGAGGUCAACAAUAAUGGUAGUGAGAGAGUGGUCAGUUCCAAGUCCAGCACAGCUGUUUAUCUCGUAGAAGGAGGUACGGCCACCACUAUGGUGUCUAAAGAUGCAGGAGUGAACUGUCUGUGAAUUGUUCGAAAGCUGACAAAAAAUGACAUUUUUGCAUCCUAUUAAACACACGGAAGACUUUUAAAAAAAAACAACAACUGCUUUCUCCUGUCAGCAUCCCUUACCGAGGACUUGCUUUAAAUAGAUUUCAGCUAUGCAGACAAUUUUUAGCUUAUGCUUCCAUAUUUUUAAUUUUGUUUUUAUUUUUUUAACAAGUUUUUUUGCACUUUUAUUUAGUAUUGCAAAAUUACAUCUGUCCGUUUUGACCACAGAAUUAUAUAUAGGUGUAUCAAAUGCUGUGGUCUCAAAAUAUUUUUUUUUUAAAAAACGAAAACAAAAAAAUGUAUUGCUGAUAAUCAGUUUUGGACCGGAUUCUAAAGGUCACUAAACGCGUAAGCCAAUUAAUAAGACAAGUUUGGCUGCAGUGGUGUCUGCUCUUCACAUUUUGAGUUCUGUGCAAAAGCUAGUUUGUAUGUUUCUGUGUGACAGAGUGUAUUAUCUUUUGAACGCCCCACUUUUCACUUGUGUUACGUUAAAAUGUGCAAUAGUCUGUAGUUUGCAGUAUGCUUUGUGUUUUCAACCCUUCUAAACAUUUUCCCUUUUCAAAUUAAAACCUUUUUUAAAAAAAGAAGUCUAACAGUUCAGCCACCAGUGGUCCUCAACUGUGAACUUUGCACAGCACAAUCAGUUUGAAGCAGCUGCUUCUCUCCAUCUGUGGCUGUGUGCGCGCGCCAAGGUCAUGGUUAAGGCAUGAAUUUCCCUGCCUUGAAAAGGCUGGCUUUAAAAGAUCAUAAAGAACAUUUUCCCCUUCCUUUCAUCCUUCCAAAUUAGCAGAUGUCAAUUUUUCUCCACAAUAGAUCAUGCAUAUCUUAAAAACUCUUAACAAGAAAGUGUUGAACAAAUAUAAUUAAUUAAGGGCCAGUUGGUACAGAUCAUCGAGAUCUGCCCAAUAAGCUUUUUACUCAACAAACAUGCUUCCUAUUGGCAGGUUCACAAGACAUCAAAACUCUAGCUGGGAUGGCUAAUCUGUAGUAAUCUCUUUCACAAAAUCAAGAAACUUGUGAGUGUUGCAACUGUUUUGUGUGUGAAAUUGGCCUAAACGUCUUACCAUUUUUCAUUUUAUCUUUUACACAGUUUUCACAGUUUAAAUAUGGUUUUGUAUUUAUGUACAUUUUUCCUUAAUUGAAUGCUUUCAGUGUAUAUUGAAAAGUACAUUUUUACCUAAUCUGGAUAUAAAUUAUCUUAAAACUUUUACUGUAGGUAGAUUUUUUUUGUUUUAUGUAGAAGAAUUAAACAUCGACUCACUGGCCUGAUAGUCAUGUGAUGAGAUAAUAUGUUUCUGUUGUUUUUGCUGCCUAAAGAGUGGGUUUAGAGCAGGUUGGCUUCAGUCAGCUUCUAUGCACUAUAAUUGACUGGUCUGAGUGUGUUGUGAAAAGGUUUGCAUUCCUUCAGGUUACACACACACCAGUGUUCAUUGUGACUGAGUACUACUUCAUCCUAUAACGAGAAAACAUCAUUUUCUAGGGUAGGCAUUCAGGAUAAAUGUGACACUAAAACCCUUUGUCUUAGUUGUUGUUCAGACAUUUUUAAAAAAGAGAGAUGGCUAGAUUUUCUCAAUGAUACAGUUCUGAAGGAGAGUCUUGGGUGUGUUUUUAUCACAGCCCUAGACUUCUGCAAAGAUUCUUCUGUCCACCCACCAGAAUCCCUACAACCGAUUAUUCUGUCUUCUGAUAGGCUGUUUAAUGCUCUUCUUCAGUCACUGUAAGAUUGGUUUAUUUCCUUCUUCUCCUGCCCACUGCUCUCUGCAUUUGUAGCAUGCAUCAAGCUACGCAGAGCUAGACCCAUUUUUGCAUAAUUUUAGUGUCAGAAUAAGUUGCUUCUUUCAGGCCCAUUUGAAUAUUCUUAGAUUGGUUUAGGUAAGUUGAGUUACUCAGCACAAUAAAUACAGAUAGAAUUUUAGAAUCUGUCAUGCUUGUGGGAGCUGUGCAUGUACUGAGUUUGUAGCCCUGUGGUCCUUGGUUAUGGCUGAGUGGAAUACUUGUGGCUGUCAGUUUUCAGGCUAAGUGUUGCCCUGCCAACACUGAGUUUCAAGAAAUCAGUGCAACAUUUGAGUUUGAGUCUGUUUCACAGGGAACAGCUCCAUACCCUUGGAGACAGGAAUUCCUGAAAGCAUGCCUUAUGAUAAAACUCCAGGAGAAGCUCUGUGGUGCUUGUUAAAAUAGCUUUGCCAUAUCCCUGCUUCAGCCCUGAAAGGCAAAUUUAGGGAAAUGGGGGGGCAGGGCAUUUAUUGGCCCCUUUUCUGACGUCAUCAGGCCAUUAAAGGAGGGCGUGCUGGGAAAUCAUGCUUCAUGCCGUGAGUUUGCACAGUCUCCCAGGGCAUGUGUGAAAACGGCCAGUGAAACUCAGAGCAGGUGGCGAUUUUCUUGUUUUUUAAUUGGUUUGAUUAAAACCUUGUUAAAAUAGCUUUGCUAUCUCUGCUUCAGCCCUGAAAGGCAAAUUUAGGGAAAUAGGAGGGGGGGCGGAAUCUAUGCAGGGAGUUCUAAAGCGGCAUUCUGGAAAAAGCUAUCCAGUCUUCGAAGAAGAAGCUGGACAGCCCCAGACAAGCCCCCAAGAGCUCAUCUUCCCAGCCUGAGCAAGCCAGGACGCGGGAGGCCUCCUUUACACGCCCCACGCAUUAAAAAAGCCUGGUGGGAGGACUUGCAUGGAGACCCAGAAUGAGGCUGCCCAGAGCGGCUGGGUUGGGCCAGGGCUUUGCUCCUCGAUCUGGCUCAGCAACUGCAAAGGCUCUGCUUGAAAGGCCAGGUCCUCGGCGGAGGAUUCCACCACCACACGGGCAAACGGUGAUGAGGCUGAAGGCGGUUGCUGGGGAGAUCUGUUGACAAGGAUUCCUUGGCUGGAUUUUAGUGUCGCUGAUGUCUGCACAUCUGCAUAGCUGGAUGUAUCAAGUCUGAAACUUUGCUCAAGUGAUACACCAUCCCUUCCCUCACUCUGAAAAUGAGGUUUAGCUGCAGGAUAAUCUUUGCGUAGCCCGCCCGCCCCCCCCUACACCCAAUACCCUCCAGUGAAGUAAUACCGAAAGCAAUCAGUAGAGUCAUUCGCAGAGAAAAGAACUUCUAUUUUGAAUGCAGAAUAUACGUCAUCACAAAGUGCAUUCCUUCUGCUAUUUUGUGCAGACAAAUUUGGACAAAUGGAUAGCAGCGUUGUGUCAAAGUUCCAUUACUAAAGAAGUCAGAGAAUAUUUAUUUUUCUAGUGUGGUAGAUUCAUCUUUCCCCCCUGUAAUUUUUCCAACAAACGUUGUUUUGUUGUACUGUAAUUUAGGGGAAAGGAAACAGUGCACAAGUUAAAAAAUAAUUGCACUCUUGUAGUUGUGCUUAAGUUGUAGAAGUAAUCGAAAGAUUUUAAAAAGACACUACAGUAAUCAAGAUUUUAAUUCACAGAGAAGCCAAUGUAAAAAGCACGCGUCUUGUGUUAGAUUUUGCAAAUGUCUUGAUCAGCGCUGCCUGUUGUCACUUCCUCACUUGCAUCUAGGAACGGCUUCACUGGCAACGCUGCAGAUUCCUUUUUCUGGAGGGAAUGGCCCCGAAAGGGAUAAGUCCGCAGAGUCUUCUGCAGUGCCACCAGCAUUUCCCUGAAGCAUUUUAAAAUACUGAAUGCUGUAGGGUGCAUAAAUCUGAAAACAAAAUUUUAUACUCAUGUCUGUGAAAGGAAUGACUUGCCAGCAACAUGGUGAUGGGUACAGCGUCAGAAGGGGCCCCUUUCUGUUUUGGAUUUCUUCCGUGUGCUUACUCACAGGUUGUAGCAUCAUUCCAAACUUUAUGAAUACCAGUUACAUCAACCUGUCUAAGGCAGAAGAACAUCUCUUAAUAAAUAACUUUUUUUCCAGUAGAUAAUAUUCCUCAGGUUUCCACUGCAAUUUUCAAAACACAUUGCAUGAGUAUGAAAAAUGAUAAGUAGUGGGCUACAGCUAUAAUAGUUUUUCCAUUGGCCAUCAAAUGUAAACAAUUUGAGCUUCAGUUUGAGCCCUGAUUUGAGCUUCAAGUUAUGCGUUGAUGUAACAGUCAACUGCACCAUCAUGAGUCAGACUGCUGACCUUGUUCCUGCUUUCCCUCCUCUUUGAGAAAAGAUACCGAUCCCUGUUUCCCUUCCCCUGCUUUAGGGUGGCAGUUUGGAGAGGAAAGAUGGCUGGCAGAGAGGGGCUGAGCACCCUGUCCCCGCCCUCCCACCAGCCUUUCUUGCUACCUGGGGAAAUAAUUGCUUCUCCUCUGCGAGAAUAUCUCGCAAGGGCUGGUUGUGUUCGUCGAGGAACCCGUGGGUAACAACAGCACAGCCGCUGCCCUGUAGACUCAGCCGAUGGGAUCCUGUCAGCGCCUCUGCUCAGUCUCUCCCAAUUCCCCUCUUUCCUGUAAUUGCUGUCCCAUGUGGCUUCUGCCUAAACUGGUCUCAGUCUCCGGCAUCUGAAGAAGUGAGCUGCGACUCACAAAAGCUCACACCCCACCGCAAAUGUUGUUAAUCUUAUAGGUGCCUCCAGACUCUUGCUCUUCUCAGUCUCUGGCGUGGCCUUUUCAGUGGUUCAGAAGGGCCCCAGCAGGGCAUCUGGUGCAGAACCCAAAAGCCAGUUUCCAUUUUUCACACUUCCUGUGUGCUUUUAAAAAAUUCUUUGCAUAAAACUGUAAUUUAAUUAAUAGGGAUUAAUAAGGGGGGAAAGCCGAACAAAGCGUUUUGUCCAGUGCAGUUCUGUUUUAAUCAAAAUGCGAAGUAGUUCCAAAGAACCAUAUUAAACAGCUUUCUGUAUUUUCUUCUUCUAGAAUAACCAGUGAAAUUGAAGAUUUGGGAUGGCAGUAGUUGGCACUGUUAAAGAGUAUGAGUUUCAUAUAGUCAAUAUUUGUAUGAAACGUUUUGACAGAAAUUAGAUAAUAGCCUUCAGCGUUCCACUGACGCAUACCCUUUGCAUUUUUUCAAUACAGCUUGUACUGCAGAAUCAUGUUGAAAAACCACCUGCAGUUCUGCUUUACAAGUCACUAGAUUGGAACAAAUGGUCCUGAGGGGCUUACAGUACCUUGUGGCAGGGACUUUCCUAGGCUGGGGCCAGAGCAGAAUGAAGGGGCAUGGAAAGUUGAUGUGCUUGAUGUGCAGUUAGGUCUAAAAGACAAAUGGGAUUCAGGGGACGUGAUACUUGAACACGACAGAGCAGGACCCAGUGCAAGAUCACAGAAUACAAAGCCCAGCUAAAUUAGUGCAAUCCUAAACAGAGUCAAACCUUCUAAGCCCGUUGGCUUCAAUGGAGUCGGCAGGCUAUAACUCUGCUUAGGAUUGCAGUCCAAAUAUUUUUACUUCCUAUAUUUUCCUAGAUAGUUUUAAAGCUCUUGAUUCAGAUUUGGUAACCUGUAGUCUUCAUGUCCAUCAAAGAACGCUACUGAACACCAGUAGCAGGUAUGCACUAUACCGCGGUUGGCAGUUUGCGAUCAGGUCGGCAUACCUGUAGCACUUAAAAUUUCACCUGCUAGGCAUUCAGAUUUUAAUUGCAAAGGAAUCUGACAAAACAAAUGGCAAUUCCAUCCUCUUUUCAGAUGUGUUUUAAGUUGUAUCCCUUAAACAAUAUUAAACAUGUUUGCUUUUCAGACUGGGGGAAAUGCAUUGUUAUUGGCAUGUUUAUAAGGUCAAGGGUCAACUUUCAAUGGCUGUUGAAUUAGGGAGUUCCCUCGGCUCCAAGUAAGCUGGAAUUAGGACAAUGAGCAAAUGUUAGAUUUUUUAAAAAAUUAUUUUGAUGUUUGUAGAAGGUGGAAUAUGAUGCUGUGUAUCUCUUCUAAUUGUGAAAAUGUCAAGUUACUUGCCAGCCCCACAUCUGCAGCAAGACAUCCAGAGGGCAGGAGGACCCCACCGAUGUUCAUCUCUUCAGAGGUCUCUUGAUUGCUAAUAUGGUGGCCUCUCUCAUAUUUUUGCUGUAAUAUUAAAUUUAUAAAUGAUCAGUUUUACUACUUUUGUAUAAGCUGCCCCAUACCUUGCUAUGCUGUUUAAGUUGUGUAUUACAGAACAGUAGGACUAUGAACGCAGGUCCCUGCUCCUCUAAUCCUCUGCGGAUGCCACUGUGGAAGCUGGUGUUGUUGAAAGCCACUACAGAGUUUUCUAUGAAUACUUGUAACAAAAUGCUUUGGUAUAUAUGAACCUAUAUAAAGAGACUGUAUGGACACAAAGAAAUUGGAUCAGAACAUUAAAAAAACUAUUCUUUAGGUUGGGGGGAGGCUUGCUGUAAUAUGAUGCGUUAAUCCAUUUAUUAAAGAUCACCUUCAUGAAA